AUGCAUCCCAGCGCCUUCCAAAUCGCUCCACUGACUGCGGACGAGCAGCAAACGGCCGCUUCGACCCAGUCUACUAGCCGCGACCAGGACCCAAACGAGAACAACCCGACCACGCGAACGUCGGCGGGAGUCAGAACUCCCAGCCCCCGUGGCAACCUCGUCUCCCCGGUCCCCGACGAGCUCAGGAGCUUCGCAGACGUAACGGCGGGACGCCCAGCCACGCCGCUACCCCAGGCUUUCAACGGUAUGCCAUGCACCCCAAGGCUUCGGCCGAUUCCAGAUCAGGGGCUCAUCCCUCACCUCGACCUUACAGCCACGGGUGCCGACAUAGAGCAUGAGCAGGUGCCACCGGGCCCAAACACUGGCGAUUAUCCUCCUCUGACCACCGCGCCGGCCACUCCUGCGCCGUCCCUCGAGCCUGCUAAGAACAAAAAAGCGGCUAAAAAGAACUCCAAGGCGAAGCAGCAGAAGGCGGCGGACGCAGGCAACGUCACCCCUCCAACGACCUCAACGCCGCUGCCCAACCUGGGUAAGCCGGCGGGCGAAGGACGCCGUCGUCGCCGGGCCCCGACAAAGCGCACCGACGAGAGCGGCGAAGCCUCUCAGCCGCGGUCCGCAGCCGGAGCCAAGGAGACCCCCGCUGCCCUCCCCGCCCCGACGCUCCGCACGCCAGCGUCCAUCUCUGUCGUGACGACGAUCGCCUCGAACGUCUCGAGCCAGGACCGCGGACCGGAUCUCACGAGGCCCGGGGCCCGCGAAACACAGGACGACACGCACGACAAGGUUGCACUCUCCGUUCGCGAGCUCAUCGCACAGCCGCCGCACCCCCUCCAUCCGUUCUCGGAGUGGGACCCAGUCAAUGGGGGCUUCAUCUGGAACCCUCCGCCGAUGCAAGCUGACCCGCACUGGCGCCCGAACACUUUCCAACGCGGAGAGGACGGCCCCCCUCCCGACGCUUCACAAAACAGCUUCUAUGCCCCAUCUCUCGACGAGAUGAUCAGGAGCUACCAGAGCCCACCGCCGGGCCUAUCCACGCUCACCCCCGCGCCUCGCCCGCCAAGGGAUCCCCUUGCGCCCGACCUGCCUCCAAUCCUUGCUCCACCAGCCCCAAACAAUGGCAGCCACGAGCUGCAGCCUCAGCCCGAGACACGUCGCCCGGCCCUCCACGCUGAGGAACCAGGAUUGGCGAGCGCUUUGAACGACAGCGUCCUAGCCCCGCCAUGGCACAAGGAUACAGGCCGCCGAAACUUCGCGGCAGACGUGAGGUACCGCCCCUACCCGAGCUCAACAGGACGUCAGCUGUCUAUAGCCGCUCCUGUAAGCCUCUUUUGGAUCCCGCGACCCAAGAAAGCUGCUAACAUUCCGUACGACCCACAGACUCCGCGCAGGCCAUCACACGCCCCGCAGAUCCUGGUACCUGAGACGCCCACACCCCUUGCGCGGCCAAGCGGCCUGGUCUCCACGCCACGCCCCGACCAACAGCCUGCCCAGAGAGGAGCGUCGCGAGCAUCGAUUCUCUCGUACGUAACAAACAGGCCGGCCAGCUUUGGGCACCCCUCCCCUAUCGAUGUCGACGCCAUGAGCAUAGACGGCGACGGUAUUGAAAUCAUCGAACCUCCGCGGUUCCAGAGUGCGCAGCCCACCAACGCGAACGCCAUCCCGCCGCAGAACCACCCACUCCACGCGUACCCGCAGGCACCGCCGCAGGCCCCUCUCCCCCCCGCUUUCCAGCAGGCGAUGUUCGAACAACAAGCCGCUCCGGAGCAGCCCGGUGAGCAGCAGGAGCACGACCAGGACGCUCCAGACGAUUUCGAAGACGGACCUGCAAGCGGGAUCGACUGGGCCAACGUCGAAUUCACGAAGGAACCGGAGGGCGGUUGGCGUAAAGUUCAGUUCCUCUCCCCGGAUGGUAUGUUCGAGGGACAGUCAGAGGAGCAGGUAAAGCAAUGGAGGAUCCUGGCAGAGAACGUCCGUUGCGUCAUGGUCGCCUUCGCUAUGCACGGCGCGUGCGACAAGGAUUCGGAGCACUGGGCGCGCCUCGAAUUCCUGAUUGAAGUGCUAAAGUACCGCUUCGGUGUUAGAGACCGCCCUCUCCUUGCUCCAGAGCCUGCCCCUGGCCGUCGUUCUACCCUCAACACGGGCCCGUGGUACUUCCUGCUUCCCAACGUCACGGACAUCCAGCAGUUCGUCCUAGAGAACUUUGGAUGGUGCUCCUCGCGCUACCUCACUGUCCACUUCACUCGCUUCCCGCCACCACCACCGGAUCUUCUAGUGGUUCUCGACGCGACGCUCGCCUUCAUGACGACAGAACCCGAGGCCGCGAAAAGGAUCGUCGCCGCAAACUUCAGACGCGAACCGCUCUACUCGACCACGAUCGACACCAUCAAAGAGGACAAGGCAGCAGGAGCGAAAGGCAAGUGGGGCAACACCCCCGUCAUGGCUGCUUUCCGAACGACUGUAGAGUCAAUCGAAGUGCGCGUGAUGCCAAGGAAGCUUGAGAAAGGCUCGCCCAACCCCCUUUUCGUUGUCUACUGCGACCCGCCGACGACGAUCACUCGCCUCUGGUUGGUCUUCCGCGACGCCGUGCGCCGUCAACCCUUCCGCGUCGAGGGCGGCUGUCCGGCCACCGUGUAUACCGGGGAGCAGCUACUGUGUAAGCUCUGCCACUCGAUGGACCAUAAAGUAGGUCUCUGUGACCUUCCUAAGCUCGACGACUGGCACGGCCCACGCCCCGCGGACGACGAUCAUAAGCCGAAGCCUGCGCCGCCCCACGGCGGGAACGGCCAUGGCAAAGGCAAGAAAAGAUACGGCGGGCAGAACUUCGAGCGCAACAGAGGGCGCAACACCAACGCGACGGCUGGUAGCAGCAGCAACCAGAGCAUCGAGGCGUCCAUGCACGCUGCGCUCACGCGCGAGACCACCAAGAAGUGGUAUGGCAAGAAGUAG